AAAAUAGAGGUGCUAAUGAGUGGAAGGAAACAUUUUGUGGAGAAGAGGUAUAGUGAAUUCCAUGCACUUCAUAAAAAGCUCAAGAAGUUCAUAAGAACUCCAGAGAUCCCUUCAAAGCAUGUGAGAAACUGGGUCCCCAAGGUUCUGGAGCAGCGACGGCAAGGCUUGGAGUUGUACUUGCAGACAGUGAUUUUAGAAAAUGAAGAGCUCCCUAAAAUAUUUCUUGACUUUCUGAACGUUCGCCAUGUACCUACCUUGCCAAAAGCAGAAAGCUGUGGCUCUUUUGAUGAAACAGAAUCUGAAGAAUCAAGCAAACUGUCCCACCAGCCUGUGCUGCUGUUCCUAAGGGAUCCAUAUGUCCUGCCUAAAGCCAACGAUGACUUUGCAGAUGUGGUUAUAGAAGGCAUUCUACAUGGAAUAUUUUAUCCUCAUUUACUGCCCAGGUAGAAGUGACGCAUGGCUAGAAGCAGCUGAAUCAAGUUUCCAAAUCAUGUUUAAUGAACUAAGAGGAAUGAAAUUCUCUGAUGUGAAAAUUACAAAAUUACAUUCAGGAACAAGAGGCACAACCUCAGUUUAAGUUCAAGCAUUUUAUCUUUUUUAAUAAAAUCAAUGAUGUCACUACAAUUGCUGCUUAAAAAAAAAAAAAAGAUAUGGAAACAACAGUAUUGAAGUUAUUUAUACCUUCUGUAUAUUGACAUGCUCUUAACUAUUUAACACUAAAAGCUGAAAGUCAUACACUGAAUUACACUAACCUUUGAAAAGAAUUGAAAGCAUUACUAAUUACUUCUGUAAUUUCUAUCAUAAAUUACACUAAACCUUUUUGCACCAGUGUUUUUUCCCAGCACAUUAUCCAUUGCUGGCAGUGGAAGGAUUAAAAGUGCUGGCACUGAAGAGAGUGUG